AUGUCCAACAUUGUUCUCCAAUCCAAUGACGACCGAACCUUCAACGUCGACUACGCUAUUCUUCGACAAUCCGGCAUGUUGAGCGAAAUGUUCAAAAGUCUUCGCUUCGACGAGUCCCAGGGACCAGAAGACCCAAUUCCAGUCCCGAAUGUGGAUGGUGCCACUCUGAAAAAAGUAAUCGAAUUCUGCGACCACCACAGGGACGAGCCCAUCCUUGAGGAUCCCGACUCAAUCGAGCCCCAUACCUUCAAGUUGGACGACUGGCAAAAAGAAUUCAUGAAUGUUGAUGAUGAGACAUUGUUCAACAUAAUCAUGGCCGCCAACUAUUUGGACAUCCGCUUGUUGUUGGAGGUUGGCUGUAAGACGGUGGCUGACAAGAUCAAAGGAAAAACUCCGGCUGAGUUGAGAGUAAUGUUUGGAGUUGAAGGCGAAUUCACUCCAGAAGACGAAGAAGCCGUUAGGAAGGAAAUGGGCUGGGACAAGGAGGUUCCUUAG